GCAUUUAUCAGCAUUGAAUUUCAUCUGCCAUUUAGUUGCCCAGUCACCCAGUAGAACACUAGACUUUCUGACUGUUGUUAAUGCUGGCUUCCUUCCCUCCUUUGCAUUCCAGGAGUACAGCCAACCAAAUGAUGAUUGCCACAUGCAAGAGUGUAUUGCCAGGAAAGUGUACUGUGCCCCCUCUCUGGUCUUUCAAAUUCAUACUGGACAGCUAUAAUUUUGCCCUUAUUAUCAAUAUUAUAUCUUUCAGACUCUAGUUUCUUGGGUAAGGGGCUGGCUUUACAAUGUAAUAAACACACGAAGAUACUACUUGUGUUCAUUUCAUCACAUUAUCUGGGUCUUACCUUUUCAAUCACUGCAGAAUUGAGAGAUAUUUGUAUUUUUAAACAUGAUCUUCAAAACCGAUUAAAAGCAGAUGAUUUGUCAAUGCUCCUACAAAAAGGAGCUCUGCAUCUUUAAAAUUCUGCUGUAUUUUCUCUCCCUCUCUCUUCUUUCACUGCAGGCAGUGUAGGCUCUGCAGCAGCUGGCUCAUCCUAUCAAUAAGGUUCCGUUAGUCAAGGUGGAGGAUGGGAGCAGAAUGGAACUGUCCCUGCUCCUCAAUGAGAUCAGGGCAAACUAUGAAAUGCUCAUCACCAGAAAUCAGAUAGAGACCGUCCUCUCAACAAGAACCCAGUAAGAGCUGAUGUCAUAACAAGAACCUAUGGUAAAGCAGUAAAGUACGCGAAGGAAAAUGUUCUGCUUCAGGUGCUUGUGAUGUCACCAAUGCUUGCAGGCAAAACACAGAAAUGUGAAAGGAACCCUAAUUAUCAUUAUCGUAAUAAACACUACCUAGAAGAAGCUACAAAUGAAAGAAUGGACAAAGAUGAAGAAGCUUUAAAGGCAGCCAGAGCAGAGCUCAGUGAAGCCAGGCGACAAUGGCAUCAUAUGCAAAUUGAAAUUGAAUCUCUCCAGGCUGUGGAAAGAGGUUUGGAAAGUUGUCUGCAUGCCUCAGAGCAGCAUUACCAGAUGCAACUGCAGAAUUUAAAAGCUGAGAUUGAAGGUUUAGAGAAGGAGCUACAGCAAGUGAGGAGAGGUAUUGAGAAACAGCUUCAAAAGCAUGAAAUACUACUGAACACUAAGAUGAGGUUGGAGCAGGAGAUAGCAACUUAUCGCAGUUUGCUGGAGGAAGAGGAAAACAGGUUUCAUUUUUCUACACAUGAUAGAAAAGAUGACAGAAAACCUACCACCAGCAAGAUAGCUUUUAUCCCACCUUCAACUGGUGCCAUAAAGAAGCAUGAGGAUGAAAAGGUGGAAAAAUUGACAAAGCAAGCAAUCUUAAAUGGAAACAUUGUGAAAGAAAGUGCUGAAGCUCAUGGCACUAUACAGACAGAAAAAGUGGAUGAAGUUAUUAAAGAAUGGGAAGGAUCUUUCUUUAAGGACAAUCCUCAUUUAAGGAAAAAGUCUGUUUCUUUGCGCUUUGAUCUCCACCUAGCAGCAACAGAUGACGGAUGUUUACAGACUAAACAAAAUAACCUACCUGACAUUGAAGUCAGGCUGGUAAUGAGAAGGUCUUGCAGUAUUCCAUCUAUCAAACCUUAACCUGCAGCAAACUAACUCAAGGGUCAUUUAUGAUGGGCUUUGGAAAUAAAUAACGUUAGGACAGAUCUAGACGGACCACAUGGCUUCCCCUCACCUUGUCACAACUAUGAAAUGUUACUAAGUAUAUGCUUUAAUAAAUAUAUGAAUAAUGUCAGAUUCUCUUAAAUGAAAGAGAGCAGGGUAAGGUGUUAUAUUUCAAGAAACCUAACUCCUAUUAAUUUUUUACUCUUUAUUAAUUUUCUCAUUUGUUUUUUCCAAAAACCUUGCUUUGCUUUGUAGAAUUUCGUCAAAUAUUUAAGUAUUGAAUUAUACCUUUAUACUUUACAUUACUUUUCUAACAAAGAAUCUGUUUUCUCUUUUCAGUUAAUGAAAACUGAACAUUUUAUUUUUGUAGUUCUUCAAUAUAAAAGUCAUAAUGUAUCCUUGUAUCACUUACAACACAAAAGUAUCAUACUGGAUGGUAUACAUCUAAAACCAUUUUUUUAACUGACAAAAGGUAAAUGCAUACAAACUCUUAAAGUAUGUAAACUAUUACAAAUAAUUAUAAAUAAAUUUUCCUUUAAAAGGAAAUGGCUAAUUUUUUAAAAUUUAUUUGAGAAAGUAACCCAUCCAAAAUUGUCUGUUUUCUCCUGUGCAUCCAUGCACAUAUUCCUUAAGACCAGUUUUACAAGGAAAUAAUAUUGAGCGAUAUCAUGCCAUUGAUUUUUAAGGAGAAUUCUCCAUUAAAAUCAAUUCAGGGUUCUAUUUUAAAACUGAGGGUAUGAUAUAGGCCAUUGAGAUUACUACAUUUAUAGGUUUCCCAUUAACUACCUCUCUGAGUUCUAGUGAAAUAUAGAGGGUGAAAUCCAGACUGCUCUGUAGUCAAUAGGAGAUUUGCAAUAGAUUUCACUGGGGCCAGGAUUUCACCCAAUGUGAAAUACAAAAUACUAGGCCUAGUCCCACAAGCCCUCCAUGCAUGAGAUUUCAUGACUUUAAUGGAAGUUCCACACUCAGAAGUCUUGUAGGAUCAGCCCCAAUGUGUUACUAGAAAGAUCCACAGGCUCUAUGGAUACAGUAGAACCUCAAAGUUACAAACUGACCAGUCAACUACACACCUCAUUUGGAACUGAAAGUACACAAUCA